CUUGCGAAGGUCUUCUGGCCGAUGUCAUCUUCCUUAUCGACGGGUCAGAAAGAGUUGACCCUGAGGACUUUGACAAGACAAAGGCAUUGCUAGAGUUUAUGGUCAAUAAAUUAGCAAUUGGUCCAAACAAGAUUCAAGUUGCUGUUGUUCAGUACAGCGCAAACACAAACGAGGAAUUUUCCUUAAAUGCAUUUGAUAAUAAAGAUAAAAUAAUACAGGAAAUAAAAACUAUCAGGCAGAUGAUGGGAAAAACACACACCGGAAGAGCCCUCGCAGAGGUAUUGCAGACAUUCGAUGUGUCGAGAGGCGGACGGCUCCAGCGCUUUAAAGUUUCUGAUAGUUCUUACGAACGGAGAGAGUAAUGAUGAAGUGACAACACCUGCUAAAGACCUGAGAGACAAUUCCAUUGACAUCUUUACCAUUGGUGUGGGAAAUUCAAACAGGUCUCAAUUGUUGGAUAUCGCUGGAUCGUAUGAAAAAUUGUUUUUCAAAGAAAACUUUGGAUCUCUGAAUGAUUUAAGCAGUGAGAUCGUUCUUAAGAUCUGUAACACAG